AUGCGUUACUGUUGUGAAGAACUCUUCCUUUAUCUAGUUGGACUUCAUGGGCUAAUUCUGGCCUUCUUCCCAAACCUUGAGGGGUCUUACAAGGGCCAAACUGUGAAAGGCAUCCAAGACCUCAAACGCUACCUCAUUGGUUUUGGAUACUUAAAUUACAAUGAUCAAACUGAUGAUUUUGAUGAUCCUUUAGAGUCUGCCUUGAAAACCUACCAGAAAAAUUAUAAUCUCAAAGUCAUCGGGAUUCUUGACUCGGAUACCAUCAAAGAGAUGAUGAUCAAAAGGUGUGAAAACCCUAAUAUUAUUCAUCACACUAGUUCAAACACAGCUGGUCAUGAACACAAACAUGGCCACAAGUCUGAUAACUUCCACAUGGUGGCUCAUUAUUCAUUCUUUCAGUGAAUGCCAAAGUGGCCUAGUGACAAGAUUCAUCUAACCUAUAGUUUUCCUUCCGCCGUCCCAGUGAUUGACUUGGAAGAAUUGAGGUCAAUCAUCUCGCGAGUAUUUCAAAAAUGGGCGGAUGUUUCCCAGUUCACAUUCGAGGAGGCAACAGGAGGAGCACGAGCUGAUCUUCAAAUAGGGUUUUAUAGAAGUGACCAUGGAGAUGGAUCGCCAUUUGAUGGUCCAGGCAACGUUCUGGUUCAUGCUUUUCAACCCAAAAUUGGUUUGUUUCACUAUGAUGCUGAUGAGAGCUGGAGCACUAAUCCAAACUCAAACCAAUUGGAUUUGGAAUCGGUGGCAGUGCAUGAAAUAGGGCACCUUCUCGGACUUGGACACAGUAUGGAUCGUAAUGCCAUUAUGUUUUCAGAAAUUCCAGCAGGAACCGUUAAGAGAGAGCUCAACCAAGAUGACAUCAAUGGCAUACGUGCUUUAUACUCUUAA